CCCCCCAGAAAAAAAAAAAAAAGUAGUCCAUUUUGGGGUGAAUCCCAAAACUUUCCAUUACAAAUUUGGUAUUACAGGAUGGAGAGAGCUUUUUUAGGGAUUUAAAUGUUGUUUCCUCUAGAUGCAACUUUCUGCCAUAGUUCAGAUAGAGACAUGAGCAGUUUUAUUCACUGUGAUGUCCUGGUUGUACAACCCACCUAUGCAGCAGUAUAAGCAGUCAGUGCUGAUGCACUUCUUAGGACAACAGAGGUAAGCAACUGGGGAAUGAAUGAAUGAGAAUGAAUGAAUGAAUGAAUGAAAAGUUGAUUUGGUUUAUUUUUUUUAAUUUGAGAAAGUAUCUUCUAUGGAAACCACACAAGUCAAAAUUUGCAUCUUGCAUUAACUUUUAUAGAAGAGAGCAGGACUAGCAGAAUGUGUUCAAUAUGGAGAAGUAAGACUUGAGAAGAAAAUUUAAACUUGGAAGGGAAAAUAGACAUAAAUGUUGUUAUACAGAUAAUACGAUGAACAACAUAUGCUUGUUUAGUGGAAGUGUUCUGAGUCAUGAAGGUCGUCUGUGCUAAUGUAGGUCAGGUUUUGGGCAAUAACUCCUUAAUCAUUACUGGUCUUUGUUCAGGUCUGCUAGUUUUGUCACUGAUGUGCAGUAUAGAAAGCAUUAUACUUUUCCUCUGUCUUUGACACCCAGCCUUCAGAAAUAUAUUCACUGUGGCUCCGCAGUUAUUAAUUGAAAGCGGUUGAGGGUGUAGCAGCACGGUCUUAAUUAUUUAUUUGAAAAUAUAGGAGAGGCUAUGUUUUUCCUGGAGUCUACCCCCCGUUGCAGGAUCUGACACUGGGCUGUUAUGCUCAGCAAGCAUUUUUUUAGCUUAGUCAGCUGCAGCCCAUUGAUUAGAUCUCGAUCUCCUCGUGGCUCAGACUGCACUGCAGUAGUUUGCAGUGCAUUGCUGAAGAUACUGCACAUGUGCGAGGGUGGCUCUGUGAGCCAGUGGGCAGAAAGCUGAUGUUGUAGGCAGGACAGUGCAUAGCCUGUUUAGACGAGCAUGAUGAAGGCUGCAGAAAUGUGUCAGCUAAAGGAAAAAAAGUAUUUAUUUUCCAAAUGUGCAUAGUGGUAAAAAUAAACUUUGCUGCAGUGAACAAGGUAUGAGAAGAGUAUGGUACUUUUUUCCACUAAAGUAGGUUUUUUCCCCCCCAGUGGAAAAUGAGCUAUAAAAUAACACAAAGGGUAUUAACUCCUACAUCCCAAGACCCCAAAUAUUCCAACAGAGCAGCCCAGUAGCUUUUAUGCUUACUUUGCACUUGAAAUGUAUGUAAAGCUGUAAUGUUAUCUAGGAGAUAAACAUUUUGCAGGAAAAUAAACAGAUUUGUGGAGCUGUAGUACUCAGAGUACUACAUUAGCUUAGGAAGGGAUAUAAUUUUUGUCUUGAACUUCGUAUUGUAAAAAGGUCAUCAGGUAAAAGGCUGAAAGCACAGCAUAGCCACAUUGGUUCACACAGAGAUGUGGGAAAGGGGAGAAAAAAAAAGGACCUAUGUCUUUAAAAAUAUUGCACAUUUGAUAUAUUUAUAGAAAUGCCAUUUCUGUGGGCAUGGGUUAGUUAUAAAGCAGAUCACUGUGAAAAUUAUGUAAAGGUUCUCAUUGAUACUUCCAUUGUUGGAGUAGCAAAUUUGGACUUGAGAAAAGAGUUCUUGUUCUGGUUUAAAACAUUACAACUACAGAAAGCUAGUGCAGUUGAAAUUAAAUGUAUGAAAAGCAGACUAGCUGAUGGAUUUGAAAAAUCUAAUAGCAAGCAGGGGCUCUGGUAUCUUGUAUAACUAGCUGCUUCUCUCUUUUCCUCCCCUGGAAGCCCUGGUUCAGUGAGGGUGACCUCAAAUCAUCUACAUCAGGUGUUGAUGGUUUUAUUUAUGUAGCAACUCUCUGGCUAGAGCUCUUAUGCUACAGGAGUGGGGCAAAAGGAAGGACAACUCAGGCUCAAAUCCCAUAUAUGUUUGCAGGGAACCAAGCUCCCGUUAUCCAUUUCUGAGUGCCUUUAUUGCCAAGCUGCAGGGGGGGUACAGCACUUCUGAAUGUGUCGUUCCUUCUGGUUGAUGCUGUUCUACUUGAAGCUCUGAUUCUUCUUCCCACUGGACUACAGAGAGAGGAACAGAAAGCUGUUACUGUGUCUGGUGGUAAAGGAAACAGGGGCUUCACUCCCUGGGUGAGUGAACGUUGAGUUGGGUUGCAGGUCAAAUCUCCCCUCCAGCAGGUAAGUGCAUUUGCUGCAGGUUACACAGUGCCUAUCAUACCCUUUCUCUCUCUUGAUAAUAAAUAUUCAGUUAUUCUAUGCAAAAGGAAUCCUUUCCAACAUGGAUGUUCUUAGACCUGCAUCUCAAAGCACGCUGUGGCUUAGGGGGGAGGGUGUACUCUGGAAGGAGGGAGAUGUGGUUUUCAUGUCUGACCAAGGGUUGGAGAGAUUUGAGCUUAGCUCUGCUGCAUCUUAGUGCUUGUCAUGACUGUCUUUUGUCUUCUUCCUUCUGGUAGAAAAGGACCAUCUUCUCCAUCUGAUUCCAGGAAGGCAUUGUGAUCUGUAAAUCUCAAAUAAGAAUGACUAAUACUCCAAAAUGCUCUCCAAAACAUUUCCUUUUCAGUGGUUCCCCUGCUCUGUAUUACAGUGCAUGACAAACUUCUCUUCCUCACUUAGUGCUCCCUGUGCUUUUCAUGGGAGUGUUCUGUGCUACUUAUUCCCCUGGGGGACCAUGCAUGUAAGAAGCAAGUGCAGCUCUGAGGCCAAAAUUCUCUUGUUAAAAAUUGAAUGAUAAUUGAGUAAUAGGAUUACACCUGGAAUAAGCUUAUGAUUAAAAAAAUGCUCAUUCUUAGCCCUGUUUCUGAUGUGAGAAAGGCAUCCUUAUCUUCAGCACAAGUUCUGGCUCAGGAAUCACAUGAUAAGAUGGUUGGCGCAUGCUAUUCAGAAAGACAAGAUUAUUCCCUUUGUCUUUGCUGAUGUUAAAGUCCAUUGGAAACUUUGAAUUCUCCUAAAGUAAAAAAGGAAAGAUGGCAUUUUAAUUCAUCUCCUUUGGGCCUUUUGCUUUGGAAGGAAUAGUAGGAGACUAUUAAGCAACUUUGUUAAAAGUGCAAAAACUGUGGAAUUCUUAGAACUUGCACAUUUUUAGAGAAGACAAAUACUGACACUCAAAUAAGAAACUCCGUUGGGUUGAUUGCUUUGGAUUAGUUGAUUUCUGUUGGACUAAGUAUCUCCCAGCCAAGGUCUAUUCUCAUUUUACUGAACUGAGUUUUAAGGUUAUAUGUUAUAUUAUAAUAUGAGCUCUUGCCUCUGAUCAGGGUGUCCCUCAUGUUUCCAUACGGUGCAGUUCAUAUCUUAAGAUACAGUGACUGCUCGCGUGGCCUGGAAGCAGCACUGACCUUCAUUCUGCUCUCUUUCAAACCACUGUGCAGCACCCCACCAGACAGCGGAGACCCCGCUAUUUCUAGGUGGAGCACUGCAGCAAUCAUCAGGGAAGGGGAAGAUACCUGAAGCUGGCAGCUGUGAAGCAUGUAAAGUUGGCAAGCCAGUGACUGUAUGGAGAUUGCUGGUGAGAAAGCAAGUUCUUUUGGGCUCUUCUUUUGAGGCUGUGUUUGAUGCGUUGGCUUCCCAUCCGCUGCUCGUAACCAUCUCUGCUAUGAGUUCCUCGCAAUGUUGCUGGUUUUCGAGGAACAGUCCGCUACGCUUCCGUGAAUGCACAUAAAAACCGAGAGAUGGGUAGACAUGAUGAUCUGUGGUCCCUCUUUUACAUGUUGGUGGAGUUUGCCGUUGGUCAGCUUCCGUGGCGAAAGAUCAAAGAUAAGGAGCAGGUUGGCAUGAUAAAAGAAAAGUACGAACAUCGAAUGCUGCUAAAACACAUGCCUUCAGAGUUCCACCUUUUUCUGGAUCAUAUUGCAAGCCUAGACUACUUCACCAAGCCAGACUAUCAGCUAAUCAUGUCCGUUUUCGAGAACAGCAUGAAAGAAAGAGGCAUCACUGAAAAUGAAGCCUUUGACUGGGAGAAGGCUGGUACAGACAUCCUGUUGUCCACUAGUACCUCUACUCCACCACAGCAAAACACCAGGCAAACAGCAGCCAUGUUUGGGGUGGUUAAUGUCACUCCAGUACCUGGGGACUUACUUCGUGAGAACACUGAGGAUGUCCUACAGGGUGAACAUCUGAGUGAUCAAGAGAAUGCUCCCCCCAUCCUGUCAGGCCGGCCAGCGGAAGGUCUCGGUCAGGCUCCAAACACGGCUUUCAAUGAGGCUGAAGUUUGGGAAGAGACAGAUGUGAAUCGCAACAAACUCAGGAUCAGCAUCAGCAAAACUCAGUGCAUGGUGGAAGAGGAGCAGAGAAAUGGCGUCUGCCCCAGUUCCCCUGUCCGAGUGCCUCCAGAGUCCCCUACUGCACAAGUGCGCUCCCUAAGAUACCGCCGUGUGAACAGCCCUGAGUCAGAACGCCUCUCCACAGCUGAUGGCAAAGCAGAUCUACAUGAAAGAAGAUCUCGAAUGGAUUUACCUGGCUCUCCGUCACGGCUUGUAUGCUCCUCCCAGCCAGCCCAGAUGCUGUCCAUUGAUACUGCCCAGGCUGACCGGCAGGCAAGUGGUAGGAUGGAUGUAUCUGCUUCAGUGGAACAUGAAGCCCUCAGCAAUGCUUUCCGCUCAGUGCCACUUGCAGAGGAGGAGGACUUUGAUAGCAAGGAAUGGGUUAUCAUUGAUAAGGAGACAGAGCUGAAGGACUUUCACCCAGGUGCUGAGCCAAGCACCUCUGGAACCACGGAUGAGGAGCCUGAGGAACUAAGACCUAUUGAAGAGGGUGAGGAGAGAAGGCGCCUGGGGACAGAUGCUGCAGUCAGGCCGAAGACGCAUGAUGGGCGAAGUCGGGGUAUGCAGCCUGUGACUGAGGAGGACAGUUCCCACAGACAUGAAGGACCUUCUCAAACAGUAUCUGACAGUAAACAUGAACAGCAGACAGGAAGUCCAGCCCACUCCCCCCUACAUUCAGCACCAGCUAUCCGACAAAGGAGACGAGAAUCUGAACCUACUGGUCCUCAGAGACAGGCAUAUAUGCUGAAGUCAUUUGAAAUGAAUGGUCUGCCCAAGGCGGUGCCUUUAAGUUUGCCUUAUCAAGACUUCAGAAAAGAUGUGUCAGACUACUGGGAAAAGCCUAAGGUAUCCCAGAGGAUAAAGAAAGUUGAUUUCUCAAAUGUUGUCUUGACUGCCCCUUGCAAACCUCUGGAACCUUAUCUGGAAAUGAAUGGGAAAGAGGACGAGGAAGAAGUUGAGGAAGAAGAGGAGGAGGAGGACGACGAGGAGGAGGAGGAGGAGGAGGAGGCAGAGGAGGAAGGGGAUGAGAUUGACAUGCACAGUGAUUCCAGCAGCGACCUGAGUCAAAAAAGCACAGAGCGCAGCCAGGAGUGCGCACCAUCCACACUCCUGGCUGAUGACCAGAAAGGAUCCAAGGGUCGAGCGUCCACUGCUGAUGGGGACCUGGAGCUGGAGGAAGGCUCAAAAACACUCGUGCUGUUUUCACCAGGUGAUCUGAAAAAGUCUCCGGUCACCGCAGACUUAGCUCCAGAAGUCGACCUGGGCACUCUUGCUGCACUGACACCGCAGAGCGAGCGGCCACAGCCUAUGGGUAGCCAGCUGGAUGUGUCUGAGCCAGGGACCCUGUCCUCAAUCCUUAAAUCUGAACCAAAGCCUCCCAUGGCAGUGGCUACAGCUUCCUCCCCCUUUACCAAAGUUGAGCGCACAUUUGUUCACAUUGCUGAAAAGACCCACUUAAAUGUCAUGUCUUCCAGUGGCCAGCUGAUGAGGCAUGAGGAAUACUGCCCGCCGGGCCAGUUUGAGGAGGUCAUUAUCGAGGAAGAGCUGGAGGACAACCUGGUGCUGGUAGAGAAUGGAAGCAUACAUUCAGGGCUAGAAGGAGCAGAGACGGAGAGCUGUGCUCUUUCGGCUAAUCACAUUGAAACCACCUCAGAGACAGUGGGGGAGCAGCUGGCACUUCCUAAUGGUAUGGCGAAGCCUUCCGACACCAAGCCAGAGCUCUCUGACAAAGUGGUGCUCUCACUGGAGUUGGGAGAGCCUGGCAAGAUGGUUACAAAGGAGCCUGAGCUUGAGAAGUUGGCAUCAGUGGCAGAGCACCUUAAGCGAGCAGAGACCCUCCUUGACACACCGCAGCAGGGCCCCAGGAGACCUCUGGCCUCCAGGUACAGAAGUCGGAUCCCCAUUUUGUUCUCUGAGGAGGACACCGGCUCAGACCUUUCAACUUCACUCUCGGCCAAAGAGAGGCUUUAUAAGAGGGCAAAGCAACCUGACUUGGCUCGCCUAGUGAUGGAGAAGAGGCAAAACCGCCUCCUUCAGCUGGCUUCGGGGGCUUCCUCCUCAGCAUCCUCCAGCGAUGAGAGGCGGCGAGCCUCAGAAACCCUGUCGGCCACUGGUUCUGAGGAGGACACGCACGACUCUGAUGACUCCAUCCCAAGGAAGGCAGGGAAGGAGAGGGCUGCCCUUCUUGGGAAACACGAGAGACCCACAAGCACAAAAAGCAGAAUUCCUCGGCCCAUCACCCCGGUGAAAACACCUCUAGAGGUGGCAAAGAUCGAGAGCCCGGUGGCCGGUGCGAUGUCAGCACUGUGUGGCUCCCCGCAGGACGCGGCUGUCGCGUACAGGCUUCAGGCACAGAGACCAGCUGGAAGCCUCCCUAAUGAGUGCCGAACAGCGCAAAUACAAAGUCGGCUUCCUCCUUCAUCGAGCUCCACUUCUCUUCCUCCACGGAGCAGCUCACAGAGGUCCAGCUGUGCAUCCCCUCGGAGCCCUGUCCUUCCUUCAAGAAACCCCAGUGCUUCCCCCAGAAGCCAGCUGCCGCCCCGGAGGGAAAGCCCUUCUCCCUGCCGACAGCAUAAACCAGGGACUGCUCCUCAGCGAGUUCCUCCUUCCCCCCGACCUCAGCCCCCAGCUCAGGCCCAGGGGCCGACAGGAGAGCCCCUGCCCUCUCCUGGUGUGGCCAAAAAACGACAAAGGGGAAAAACCCAGACUCAGAGUCCAGCAACCAAAGGAAAGCAGGUGUCCCUGGAAAGUAAGGCAGCUGCCAGAUAAUGAUCUUCUGCCAGCCCAACGGACUGGGUAACUUCUGCAUAUAGUAUACACUCGAGAUGCUGCAGCACAGCCUUCCACGCUGGACCCACGAGUGUAUAGCAGUAGCUGUACUUCAAUGCUUCACUCACUCUCACCCCACACCAUCGCAAUCAGCUCCCACGGGCCUGAGAGCCUCUGAGCCACGGAGCCUUCUGCAAGGGAGACAUCCAGCCCGCAGCUCACGCUUGCUAACGCACAGCACCAAGCAGUGACCCAGGCAGCCUGCCUAGUGCCUGAUCCUGCCCCCUCCCCCGGCAUUCCCCUCUCUCUGUCAGCAAUACCGGUCGCCAACACCCACCCUGGCUUUGGAAGGAGGAGCAGAGGUGAGGAGAGCCAGGGCUGCUGGAGGGGAAGGCUCCUGUCCUGCAGGCAGCUCCCUCCUCUCUCCUUGGUGGGAAAUGCCAGCCUUGGCCGCCACCAUCCACCUAUGUGUUGGCUCGCCUCCUGCCCCCCUGCUAGCAAGGGACUGUCACCAGCUGAGCCGAGAGGGAUGGAUGCAUCCUUCUGUGCUGAGAUCAGAGCAGGCGUGGGGUGGAGGGGACUCUUCUCUCCUGUCCGGAGAUGCCUUUGCAGGUGGGACCGGGAGUCAGGCAGGUCUUGCUGGGUGCUUCUACCUGCUCCAGCAUGUCCCACAGAGGAGGCCACCUGGUGUGGGUGCUCAGUGACACUGCUGCUCUUCCAGCAGAUGCCUGUGUGGUGGGUAUUUAGAUGGAAGUAGGAAUGUAUUGGCAGCUUUCUGGGAAAUCAAGAGUGCUUGCUAAUUGGCGCAGGAGGGAGCACACUGAAGCUGCUUCUGUCUCAAAUACCAAACCGUGAUCUGUGGAGACCACAUCUCCCAACAUAGGCAGUGGGGUUCCUCUCAACCUGCGUGUGGUUGGUGCCACAGACCCGUAGCCCACCCAACACAGCUCCAUCCUGAAGAUGUGAAUAGUCACUGGAUGCCUUUAGCUUGGGUGCCUCUUGCACCUGAAUUCCUUGUGCUUUAUUGUCACGCUCUUGGUGUUUAUGAAUUUUGGCACUGUGGUAGAAAGUUCCCCUACAUGGCAGGGUGAGAAAAUAUUAUCCUGUAGUAUACUCAAAAGCUGCUGCUUUGCGAGGAGAGGUUUGCUGGUGCGCUGUGGGCACCUUGUGCAUUUCAAUCCGAGGGUAGGUGGGUUGGCUUGCGGAGGUUCGGAGGUUGGGUUUGUGUUUCUCAGGUCUCACUACUUCCACACAUUGCGUGAGAACCAACGUGAACGUAAAAGCAAGGGCUAUGCUCUUCAAGUAAUAUUAUCAGAGCAGAAGCUUAGUGCUCAGCUAGAACUAAAUCAAUCAACUUUUUAGCUCCCAGACUAAUUAGGAAGGCUUGAAAGUGAAAGCCAGGAGGACUGAUGCCUGUCUGAGCCUGGCAAGAUCUUGAGGUAGUCCACAAGAUUUUCCCCACACCUCACGGGGGAAAACACUCCAGACCCAAAUACUCUGGGUUUCACACCACUGUCAUGCCUAAAAGAGGCUUUGCAUGAGGCAGAACAAAAAUACGGCUGCUCCGUACACCCCCUCUGGCAGCUGGAACGAGCUGCAAAUAUUGUACUGUUUGCAGACAAAAAAAGCUUGAUAGAGGAAUCUGGACAGUAGUAACCUUGAUUCAUUUGAACAUCGAUACAGUCACACUGAGUGCCAUCAGGUCUGAGGAAUCCUGAAGGUGUUUCACUCAUACUCUUCUGGAAAGGAGCCUGAGAGCUGUGACAGGGUGCCUGGGAGAACAGGGUACUGCUUGGACAACUGAACAGGGAAAUGUCCAGAAACACACGACAGGAAUUACCUCUUUAUACAACAGUCUCAAGUGUUGCCAAUGCUAAGAAUUUACUUCAUCUAGCUCAAAGUGUUUGCUGUUUUCCAUCGAUGCUGAUCACCCCAGUAGAGUAAGAAGCAUAGCUUCUAGCCUAAACCCAUGCCCUCAUCUUUGCAGAGAAGCACUGGAAACUCCAAGGUCAGGUUGUGAUUUGAUGGAUGGAGCUGAUGCUGCCACCAAAAAAUAAAUGUCCCUCCAACUUCCAGCUGCUUCGUUGCACUGUCCCACCCCCUUACACUGGGGCAGCUGUUUGGGGAAGUGGCUGGAAGUGCUGAUCCAGUGUGGCACUGAGCACUCUGGUUUGGUUUUCAGCUGGUUCGUUCAUCAGGUUUGGUCACAACAGAAAUGGGGCAAGGAGAGGACAGAGGGUGUGACCACUUCUGGUGGCACUAGAACUUCAGGUAAUUUUGAAGUGUGGGUCAAACUACAACCUAAAUAUGCCCUGCAUGUUUAGAAACUAGAAAACAGAAUAAACACAAACACAGAUUCUUUCCAGAAAUAUAAACCGUAAUGGCACUCCUGUUCAUUUGUUGGGGGACUAUUCAUUUGAGAUGGUAAGGCUUUGUCGUGAUGAGGUCUUUACCAGGUGCUCCAUCCAGGUCUUAGGUGCAUGUGCCAAAAAAUGACACUGAAAGAGCCUGGAAAGAGGGCUGCAGGACUACUGACAGGGUUAGCAAACCUGCCUUAUCAUGAGAGGCCAACAAAGCACAACCAAUGUAUUUGUUCAAGGGGGAGUUUAAAGGAGACUUUUCCAUGGCCCAGCUAUACCCAUGUCAGGAGGGAAGCUCCAGGGCAGAGAUCUUCCAUGUGGCACAUGAAAGCAGGGAAGAUGGUGUAGCCAAGAAUGGUGAAUGAAGAAAUCAGGCAGGCUUUUAGUUGUGAAACGACUGUCCAGUAAAAACUUUCACAGGAAUGUGGGGACUUUUUUCUGAUCAGAAGAUUUUCUGAGAAGCCUAGUCAUCUUCUAAGAGGUCUUCCUACCAUGACCUAUCCACAAGUAGCAGGCAGGAUGGUGGUGACACCAAAGUAUCGUCUCUCUUUUCGGUGCAAUAGAUUCCUGGUUCUGGCAGACACAUGCCAAAGCCGUCAGGUGUUGGAGAGCCACCAGGUUUCAGAAAGCCACUGAAAGAUUUCCAGCAUGGAAAAUAACAGCCAUUUGCCAGGGCUGGUCUGAGGGUGCAGCUGGGUCCAGGGAGGUCUGGGACUGGCACCAGUUGUAUCUCCUUGGCGCUGUGCUGCCAGGCUCCCUGCCCCAGCACAGCCCUGCUUCCCUGCUGUCCCUGGCUGCUCCCCCAGUUAUUCCGGGUGGGAGUGGGCUGUGCCAUCGGGAGCGCUGGCAGCGAGACCGGCUGACUGCUGGCUGCCCAGGGAGCCCGCUCAGCACCUGCCCUGCACUGGCACCGAGAAGUUUCUAAGGGUCGUUCCUGCAAGGCCUGACUGUCCCCAUGUAUCCCGCAGGUUUGGGUCUCUGGACCUGCUUCCCUUCCCAGUGGCCAGUGAUGCUGUGAUCUUGGCUAGGUGUCACGUUGCCUCCUUCAUGGAGCUUCUUUACAGGAGCUUCAGUGCUGGGCUUUCCCAGUUGCAUGGCUAUCGUGAGCUUGCUAAUGGGUGGUCCCCAGAGCUGUGUUUUGCUGGCAGAGCCAGUCACAGGGCACUGCCAUGCCAGGGCCUGCUGACAAGCCCCUGUCGGCAGGCUGCAUGCUGCAGGUGAUGUUUUGAUCCCUCUCUCAGGUGUCAGAGGGCUCAGAAAAGCCCCUGCCAUAUGGGUGCUGCUCUGGAUCUCCUCCCUGGCUCUGAUUUUCGAGGGUAUGCCCUUCAGUUGCUCAAUGGUGAGCAUGACCCCAGGGUACCCCACUGCUGCGGUGCUCAGCACACCCCGGUUACAGUUCCCGUUCCUCUUACGUGUCCCUCUGGAGGGGCUUUCUGGCAGGCAGGCGGACCAGCAGUGAUGCUCCCUGCUAGUGUUACUGUGAAAACAGCCCCGCAGAAGGCUCAUCAGCUCCUCUGGGUCCUCUCUCCUUCCUCUGCCCUGCAGGGAGGUUGGAAGGGCACCUGCCAUGGUUGGAAUAAACAUGGGAGAUCUUGUUUGGGGUCGGGCGGGGAUGAGGCCCUGUGACAUUGGGGAGAAGAUAGGUGGCUAAGGGAUGCCAGACGAUCGAGUCUGGCAUCGCAGGACAUGGUAGGCUGUCACAUCCGAGGAGGUGGGGAGGGGCAAGACCCUGCUGUUCUCUGCCACAAACCAUAGUGUGCAAGCUCUGUCAAGCCUCAAGGACAACACAGGGCUGCUCAGACAUUGCUGGUGUUGUGUGGCUGCAUCUGUGCUUCACCACAAAGAAUAGAAGAUCAAAGAGAUCAAGCUGAAACAGGGCAGAGGAAAUGGCUAGGAAGAAUAAAAACUGUUUGGGGUGAGGAGAGGAGAAGCAGACCUCCCAGAACUUUCCCACAUUUAGGUAUUUCUGGGAACAGGCUGACACUAUGUAGUUCCCUGCCAGUGUCCUUGCUGCAGAGUCUGUCCUGGCCAGCUGCAGGUGGUUGUGCCCUCGUGUGUUUCAAGGGGCCUCCUGCUGCCACCAUGCCUGCAUCGCUGCGUGCAUGUGCAUGGGAGGUAGGAAAGGGUAGGUCUUGUUCAGGGGAGCAUUGUGGGGUCCUGUUUGUGUCGGGACCAGAAGUGUCUUUGGGACUGCCUAGUAUCUUGAGAUAAAGCAAACACUCUGCUGAGAGUCUUCACUUUGCUGGGGUCUGCGAAGGUCCCACCUCCUUCUUAUCAGCCAGCUGAGAAGACAGCACACUGGCUAGUAAAAAUGAGUCAGUGGCUGCUGUCUGGCCAGGAGAUGCUUGUGAAGGAAGAGGGAUACAGGGGAGAGUGCCAAGUGACAAAUAUGAAAGACAGAUCUCAGCACUAAGCCAGUGUGACGACAGAUUAUAUGAGCAGAGGGAGCAAAAGGACUGAUGGCACCGGUCAGACUAAUGCCACGGAGGGGCAUGGACACAUGGAUGGAGCUGCUUAACUGCUUUGCCGGGUUGGCAGGACAAACACUUCUGCUUGUCUAGGUGCAAAAGGUGUUUCAGUAGCAGACAUCCCUGAGUCAGUUGUGCUUGGAAUCUGUGAGAGGCAGGAGACUUUGCUUGCCCUUUCUAAGUAAAGAAUAUUAUAAAAUAUAUAUAUAUUAUUAUAACAAUAUAAUACAAGUAGUGCCCAUUAUAUAUAGUGGCUAAAGGUUGAAAAGGAUCCUGCUACCUUCAAAGACGUGCCCCGAUACUGUGUGACUUCUCAUGUGUGCGGGACUGACUGCUGUGCGCAGUGAGUGUGGAUGGAGGAGCAGGGUACCACGCAUGCAAGCUGUGGGGCUCCACUCUCCUAAGCAUGAAACGGGGGCAAAACACCCCAGCUUGGCUAGCUGGCAGCUGUCAUGCUUGCCAUCAGAGUUGUAAUGACUGCCACGUGUCUGUGUGGCAUGGGUCAGGGCCUGGGGAGUCCCUGCUCACGUGUCUGCCCUUGCCUACCACAAGCAUGGUUUGUUCGCUAGUGAAAUGCUUCAAAGCAAAGCAAGUUGUGUUGAGGCAAGAAAAUCUUUGAUGUUUCUCCUUUCCAACAGAGAGAUAUUUUCUCAGCGUAGAUCCUCUAUAAGAAGAUGGCUAAGUACCUAUUGAUAGCCUGACCAGCUCCGGUAGCAGCUCGACGGUCCCUUAGCGCACUUCUUCCUUCUCUGUAUAGUUUACUGACCCAUGGCAUGAUCCUACCAGUAUCCCAUGUGCACAGACACCAACAGCCACCUAAGGCCUUGCCCCACACAUCAAUCAACUGCAGUUAAAUUCAUCUUGUGAACACAGUAGCAGUCCCAUUGUAGACAUGAGUUCGAUAUCGAAUGAGUUUCUUCUGGCUUAGCUGAAACGUGCCCGUGCUGGAGCAGUGCACGGCUGGCUUCACAAAGCACACGGGCACCGCCUGGGAGGUUGCAACCACUUUUGAUUCCAUCUGCCAGCCAGCUGGGCACGAGGGAGAGAGCUUGGGCUCCAUUCGGGCCCCUUCCUCCCACAGUGUGUGCCUGUGCCACCGAUGCUGGGCAGGAGCCCGUAGGCUCAUGGUGUGCUGGCUCCUGAGGUCCUCUGCAGAACCCUGAAGGGUUGUUUUCCUCUUCCUCAGCCCAUCACUGUGCUCUGAGGGGCUGGGACCAUCCAGACAGUGACAGCAGAGCCAGCUGACAUUGAGACAGGUUGACAGCAUCUCCCUGAGCCUUGGGAUUGGCCUCCUUGUGAGGCUGGUGGCAGGCUGUGGUGAGCAGCAGUUCAUACACCGUAACUCUCCUGUCCCCUUGUUCCUAAUUUACCUCCUCUAGGGAAUCUUGUCUUUGAAGCCACUGUAUACUCCCUGCAGUCCCUCUCUGGCCGGGGAACUGAAGCCCCCCUGGAUUCCUGCAAAGCUUUGAGGCAGAUUUUGCCCCCCACCCAUGCAGCAAGCCCUGCACUGCACGGGCUGGUGCUCCGGGUUAUAAGGAGGAUCGUCAUCCCACAGUUUCUGGAGCUGCAAACAUCGGAAAGCAGGUUUAAAGUAUGUGUAGAUGCCCCCUGGGCUAAAAGGAGCUACUGCAGUGAACCUAGAGGUGGGGUCCUGGUAGGGACCAAGGUGAGAACUCCUCCUGCCCUCAGCUCCGAAGCCAGAGGGGGCUGCAGGGGUGAGGUCUCCGCAUUGGGGGGGGUGCUGCUGGGCUGGUAUCGGCGUGGGGCUGGUAUUGGCGUGGGGCUGCUCCGCCUCUGGCUCACCUCCUGCCUCCUCUGCCCCGAGCACACGGGGGCUGGCAUGGGGUCGCUGGAGGAGGCAGGGGCUGGCACGUACCCAGUGCUUGGGUGAGUGCUGCAGAACAUGGGGGGCUAGGCAGGGGGUCCAGGACAAACUGUGUGUAUGAACACCAGUGUCGGUGACACUGCUGUGCUCUGGGACCUGGGCUGCUUCUUCUGCGGACAGGAAUUGGAGCUGAAAAUGCAGAUGAUUUUGUAUAUCUCCUUUUAACACGACAGCAUGUAACUGUACACUCAGACACUGUACCUGGCACACCAAGGCAGUGUCCCUUUGCCUCUGGCACAGUCUGAUGAAGUCUUUUGGCCUGGAGACGGGACUUCUGCUCCUUGGUACUGCCUGGCUGGAAAUGCAACUGGGUCCCAAGGCUAAAUCUCUCUACAUAUCUUCUUUGCGUCCUUUAGGAAAGCAGCUGGAGAAUGUUUACACACUGCAACAGAAUGUACAAUUCCAACCAAGGAACCACAGUCUGGUUCAACUGCAUGGCAAAUUUCUUGGCCAUAAAAUCUGGCAUGCAUCACAGAGGCCCUGUCUGUGUACAGAUCCACCUGGCAAUUUGUCGUAACUUCAGAUCACAUCUUAAAAAAAAAAAAAAUAAAUGAUGAUGCCAUUUCUUGUUCAUAUCAGACACAGUUGUUAUUAGAUUUGUUAUUAAAAGGGGAUUCUUGAUCAUGCCAUUAAAAGCCUGUCUACCUUUUCA